AUGUUCGACCCUAAAGGCCCUAUCGCUCAACAGCUCACCCCACUCCUCAUCACGGAGCUCACCACCAAGUACAACAUCCCAGACGACGCCAAGGAUGUCGCUGAGUACAUCAUCAUGUUGAUUGGAAACGGCCGUCCAGCUAACGAGAUUGUUGCUGAGACCAAGGAGAUCGUCAGCAUCCCUAUCGACGAGACCUUCAUUGGUACCGUCUUUGCUGAGAUUGGUCGUCUUGAGACCCUUGCCUCUCAGAGCCAGGAGGACACCUCCAUGGCCGUUGAGGAGAAGCAACCCCGUGGUAGAAACGUCAAGUUCCAGAAGGGCGUCGAGGCACGUGGCAAGUUUGGUGCCACUACCAAGCCCCGUGUCACCAGAGCCGGUAUCACCAAGGGUGCUAUCGGUAAGCCUGGUGUUGGCAAAGCCAGCAAGGACUUUGUCGCCAAGAGCCACGGCAGAAAGGAGAUCCCAACCAAGCCAAGAGGCCAGCAAAUCCAGGAGAAGAGACUCUUGGAGCAGAUCCAGCAGCACAUGCCAUCUCUUUUGGCCAACCAAGGUUCUGAGGUGGAGAGCUGUAAGUACGGACAUGUGUGCUCCAAGGAGUUGUGCCCAUUUGGUCACCCAGCUCCAGCCAACAAGGACGCCAGAAUCCUUACCCCAAGAUGGUGCAAAUUCAACAAGAAGUGUACCAACAAGAGCUGUGCUUACGCUCACUCCUCGCCAAACUACCUGAAGUACACUCCAACCAAGAGACAGGCCACCACCUUGGAGCAGUGUAAGUUCAACAACUCCUGUACCAACAAGGGAUGUACCAGACGUCACGCCACCUCUCUUGUGGCUUGUCAGCGUGGUAACGACUGUAAGUUGCCAUUCUGCACCUACAACCACAUUAUCGAUGAGGAGUGUCGUCACAAGAACGAGUGUGCUAACAAGGUUUGCUACUUCAAGCACCCUGACGCCAGAGAGGUUGGUUUCCUCAAACAGAACACCGGUGGCUCUGAGCCAACCAACGAACGUGCUUUUGCCGUUCCUGAGGACCAAGUUAUGGAGCAGGCUGUUCAGUAA